AUGGAUACAUGGGUCAGCGAAGAGCGUUACCCUUCAUCUAAAACCAUAGUAGCGGAUCAUGGAAAAAGGCGACCGGAUGCCCCAGAAGCCGAAUACUCCCCGGAAGUUGCCGAAAAGCGUCUUGGUAGUUUGAUGAAAAUGGAAUACCUCCGUUCACCUCCGGGAGAAUAUCGAGCAAUGAUGCUAGAAGAGUCAAAUGCAAAGGAAGAAAUUCCAGAGAGUUUCGAUGCUCGCGAGAAAUGGAAGAACUGCACCUCCAUCGGCUACAUUCGGGACCAAUCGAAUUGCGGUUCGUGUUGGGCGGUAUCAGCUGCGGAAACCAUGUCCGAUCGUCUUUGCAUCCACACAUAUGUGAACGGUGCGUUUAUACUUCCACAGAAUGAACGUGUCAUACAAAGUCAAAUUAUGAAAAGAGGACCUGUACAAGCAGCAUUCAUCGUCUACGAAGAUUUUAGCUACUACAGAAAUGGUGUCUAUGUGGCAGGCGAGAAAGGGAAAUUGCCAAAUAGUGAAAUUUCACUCUUUUCCCGUAAAGUGGACGCAUUACAUCAUUCCACACAGUACGAUGUUCAUGUGAAUAAAUCUGAUCAUGCUGAUGGGAUCCCUACUUUAUAUAAAGUUAUUGAAAGACUGCUAAAGAAGUGA